GCUAUAACACGGUGGCGUUAAAAAGUUUUCUGCUACUCUCCAAGGCAACAGGUCUACAAGGGAAACACGGCCACUGCAACUGGAUUAUAGAGCCAUUGGAUCUUUGGGAUUCGGCAACUGCAUGUUUGUGUCUUCAAUAUAUCCCAUUUAUGAUGAAUUUAUUGGCUGGGUAUGAAAUAUUUCAGCACGGCCGCCAGUCGAGUUGAGUUGAGUGUUCCGGUGAGGACUCUCUUAGAAGGCAAAAUGUUGGCUAUGACGGUUGUUGUUAGAUUGAAGCAAUUUUAGCAUGGUUAAGGGCGCUUAAUGCGUCAUGAUGCCACCCGUAGCAAUGAAUCGGGAAAAUCUGAUUUCGGACAAACGCGGGGAGGACACGAUUGAGAAUGACAUAACAGAAACGAGCAACUUGACUAACGGGAAUGUGAAGAAACCUAUGGGAAGAUCAUGGAAGAUCGACAUGAAGCAGAAGCCAUUCUUGGACAUGAAGAAGGCAAUUAUAGGAGAAAAAGAAGAAGAAGAAGAACAACAUUAUAAAAUUGACAAGCGUAUCUUGAUAAAUGUAGGUGGAGAAAAAUUCGAAACUUUCUCGAGGACUUUAGAGAAUAUUCCGGGUACGCGUCUUGCUCUUCUUUCCAGUCUAAUGGAGGAGGACGAAUCCUACGACGCUGAGAGAAAUGAAUAUUUCUUCGACCGAAAUCCAGCGGCAUUCAGGGAUAUCUUGAACUUUUACCGGACUGAAGAACUCCAUAUUGAUCAGAGUGUCUGUGGAAAUGGAUUGAAAUCAGAGCUUGACUUCUGGGGCGUCGAGGAACAAGACAUAGAACCAUGCUGCUGGUCAAGCUACAGUAAGUUCGUCGACCACAAGGACACACUGGCGGCAUUGGAUGACGACUUUGCAACGGCACCAACAUCGUCCGCUUGGGGCGCCGAGAAACCAUGGCACACCCGUUUCCGAUACAACAUGUGGAGGCUGCUGGAAGACCCGACUUCCUCGAUCAUGGCGAAGAAUGAUAUAUUCGUCAAGUACAAAUUAUCUAAGGUAUACGUUGCCGUUUCAAUGACAUUUGUGAUGCUGUCAAUUGCAUUGUUCGUUUUGGAGACCCACUGUAAGUUCCGGAUAAUCAGUUACAAAGCGCCCAACAGCACCCUCACGACGGUCUGUGAAUGUAAGGACCACAAUGUUCUGGACGUGAAAGGCGUUUGUGAGUCCAAAGUUAAUCCUGUCAUGGAGUAUAUCGACUAUGUCUGUUUCGUCUUCUUCUUCGUUGAAAUCGUUCUGAGGUUCUCAUUCUCAAUGGACCGCAAGGCGUUCCUAAAGACGCCACUAAACAUCAUCGACAUCAUCUGCAUCCUUCCCUACUUGCUCUCCCUGAUCCUCAAGAACGUCGGCGAUAACGACGACGUGUCGCGCAUCCUGAGGGCCGUCCUAGCACUCCGGGUGAUCCGCCUCCUCCGAAUCUUCCGCCUAAUGAAGCAUUACGUGGCCUUCAAGAUCCUCGUCUAUACCAUCAAAGUCAGCUCCAAGGAGCUGAUUCUUAUUGUUGUUCUCCUCUUCAUUGGUGUGCUCAUAUUCGCCUGUCUCAUUCACCUUGUAGAGAGUGAUACAUUUGACAAUAUUCCUAUAGGCUUCUGGUGGGCCUUGGUAACCAUGACUACAGUAGGCUACGGGGAUAAGUAUCCCAAAAGGGAGGCAGGGUACUUUGUGGGGUCGAUUUGUGUGAUUUGCGGUGUCCUCACUAUUGCCUUCACCGUCCCUAUCGUGGUGAAUAACUUUACCCUAUAUUACUCCCACGCCCAAUCACGGACUAAACUACCGCUUAAGUCGCGUAAGAAAUGGGCAAAGGAGUUGGCCAACAAGUUCAAAUUAGGGGCGGUGAAGAAAGCAAUUAAACUAAAACCGCCUAAGUCUCCUGAGGAUAACUGUGAUCGUUCUUACGUAAAGCCACCGAACUACGUCGGGAAGCACAAACCAGAGGUUCUGAAUGACAUGGAUGAUGUUAAGAUUAAUAACACUAACAAUCUAGAUAAGUUGCCAAUACCGGAUAAGAACAUUGUGCACAUUGGUGGAAAGCUCGUGACGGAGGAUGAGAGGGCGCAGUCUCCCAGCGCCCGUCACGGCCGGUUUGGCGUAUCACACGGCGGCAACCUGCGGAACAGGAUGAUUGAUGUCGGCGACACUCAGCUGGAGGAUGUUGAGGGAGUCAAUGGUGAUAUCCGGACUGUCUCAACCGACUCCGGUUAUGGUGCGACAAAGGCUCAGCACGAAGAGGCAACGCGGCAACUGCUGACGGAAAUGGCUGACGCUGACCGACAGCGAAUGGACGAGCGCAGACGACAGGCUGUGAUUAUGGCACAGAAACGAGACAAGAAGCGCCAGCAGAGGGAUGACGGCAAACAAGACGACGGGUCGACGAAAGAUCCAGGAGAGGAGGAAAUGUGACUAUUGAAUACUCCGCGCCGAUCAGACGCCCAGUUGGACCUGGUUUGAUAGAUGACGAUAGAGCAUCACAUCUUCCUUGCUUUUUGGUGGCCCAUGCACGCAUUUCCGAAAAUAAACAUAUUUUCACAAUACAUAUAACUGUACGAAGUAUAGUAUAAUGUACUACCAAAAAUAUAUAAGCUCGCUUUAUAUAUCUUUGGUAGAAAAAAAAUAAGCUCGUCUUAUAUAUUUUUGGUAUACUUACCUGAUAUUGUAACAUUUCAGUACAAGCAUCAUUCUAUUUAAUUGGAAGUGGAGGCAAUCGUGCUGUGACAUUACAUUUAUUUGCUCUUUCCGGUUUAGAGUUUGGGUUAUAUGGACCACCUGAAAGGCGUAUCGUGGGGGUCGAUAAACGUAUCAACUGGACGUAACAAUUGGGAGAAGAUUUUUCGUUUCAAGACAAGUCGUUUCGUUGAAUUGAUAUUGGAAACAAACAAUGUUUACAUUCAUGCAAUAUUGUAGAUAUAGGUACACACUGUAAGCAGAUACGAUAUAUUUACACGGCCAUGCGUCCGUGUUUUUCACAUUUACUGUUUCCGACUACGUCACAAUGUGGGUCACUGCUGUUUUAUGUUCAUGUCUGUUACUGUUACUGUAGUUAGCCCACUUGGUGUUUACUAGAAUAUAUUUUUCGUAUUUAUCGGAAUAAAAAAUAAGUUACUUUAUUGACAGCUCUUGCUAAUCAUCCGUCCUAGCGAUUGUGAUUUCAUGUAUAUUAUGCCUGUAUGGAGAGUAGGCCUAUGUCCCGUCAAUGUCUAUUUUUUGUAAAUUGCGAAAGUCAGCCUUUGUAUGAACAUUUUAUCAUAAAGUAGUGAGUUCUAGCAGAUAUAUUUGUAUAAGUUUUAGCUAACGCGUGACGCAGACGUUUUCUGCGGAGGGGUGGUGCGCUACUAGUUUAUAGACCAACCCUUUUUACGAUACAAAUCGUUCGUUUUCUGUAAACAACUCAUGUAUAUAUGUAAAUAUAUGAAAAGAACAAAUUUGUCGAUUUUUUUAUUCCGAAAACGUACGCUUAAUCGUUAAUCUAAAUUUUUGUCAAAAACUCUGGGUUUUUAGUCUAUACAUGCACUGUCUUUAUCACUCCGUCCAGUUCAUUUGUAAGACAUAUUCACCGACCGGUGAUUAUUGUAAAUUGCUGAUUUUGUGUAAUUAGAAAUAGAAACUGUGAUUUUUCAAUAUAAGAGAUUUCAAUAUUUUGCAUUGCCGUUGUGAACCUAUAUAUAAAGGUCAUUUUUCAUCACGUUGACACGUCAGGUUUAGAAUCAACCACGUCCACAGAUUGAGAUUCAAUUCCCCAUUGAUCCAUCUCAGCCAUGUUUUACCACAACUUGACAUUUAAAAAAGCGCUAUGCGGCCGGGGAGCCCGUCAUGUACUAUAGAAUAGUAUGCUUGCUGUAUGUACACUCAUGGUCAAAAGUGAAUGGACACCAGUUUUUCUUGAAUU